ACCCGAGGUGAGUGUAUGUUCCCUGAUGCUAGAGGCGAGUUUCAUCGCGCUCCUCCCGCGCUGUGCGUCUCAUCGCAUCAUUCCAGCACGAGCAGCAAACGCGUCGCGUCGCGUCGGGAUUCCUGAGGAUUACCCGGCGUGCCCCGCGGGAAAGAUGGCGCUGGACGGGAGAAGAGGGAGAUAAACUUUAUCUGAAAUCGGGAACAGCGGUUAUCUACACCUGCGAUCCGUGGUAACGCUUUCGCACCUAACGGAGAGAUAGCGGCGAGAGGACGCGGUGUCCGCGAUCGCUUCUGAAGCACGAGCGGAGAGAGUUCAGCGGCCGCUAGCGAGUGUGUGUUAGCCAGCGAGGAGGAGAAGAAGGAGGAGGAGCGGGCAAAGUUUAUUCAGUUUGAGCAAGAGUCAAGACUGAUCUGCACCAGGCUCUGGGCUUAACUGCGCAAAAAUCACUAGAGGCAGGUCAUUGAUAGCCUUGAGGUUCACAUGCUGAACGGGGGAGGAGGCGCGGGAGGAAGAGGAGCGAGACGUGAGCUAGAUUGAGUUUCCUUGGCGACCGGCGGGACCCACUUGGGGCGAUGACUCUGGAGAAUGCAGCAUGCACACUUGAGAGCGCUCGGGCCCUGAGGACCUGUGAAUGAGGACACCGCUGAAACCAACUCCAGUUUCAGGACUAACGGAUGGUGUUUGGAAGCACAUUGAUCUCCCAGAAUGACGAGUGCUGCUCCUGCCCGUAAACCGUACCGAAAGGCACCUCCGCAGCACCGCGAGACGCGCCACACCGUGCCAGCAUUUCGAGAGGAUGUUAGCGGGAGUGCCUUGCCAUCCGCCAACCCUACGCCGUCAGCCCAGCCUGACCCCUGCCAGGAGUCCUUAUCAGAUGCCGACAGGAUCAAGAUCCUGCAGCAGCAAAAUGAAGACCUCCGUCGCCGGCUCUCCCAGACCACUAAUAAGAUGGAGGCGAUGGAGACAGAGUUUGAAACCGGUCGACAUUACAUGCAGGCAGAGCUGGGUCGAACCAGAGACGACCUGGAGAAAAUGAGAGACAAGUUCAGAAGACUGCAGAACAGCUACACAGCGUCUCAGAGAGCUAAUCAAGACCUGGAGGAGAAACUUCACGCCCUGCUCCGUAAAGUGGAAAGAGACAAGAAAACCAUGGAUCAAGAGAUAGUGGAGCUCACGAAUAAACUCGUGGAUGCCAAAAACACUAUCGACAAGCUGGAGGAACUGAAUGAACGGUAUCGGCAAGAUUGCAAUUUGGCUGUGCAGCUGUUGAAGUGCAAUAAAUCGCAUUUCAGGAACCACAAGUUUGCUGAUUUGCCAUAUGAGCUACAGGACAUGGUGAACAAGCACAUGAAGAGCAGCUUGCCUAACAAGACUAAGGGCUCUCAGGGAGCUCAAGCCCAGGAUCCUGACACUCUAAGCCUGACUCCCGCAGACGUAGUGCCCACUUCGGUGAUCGCUCGUGUUCUUGAGAAACCGGAGCCCCUGGUGCUCAACUCAGCCCAGUCUAGCAGUAGUGCAGGUCGGCCAGUGGCUGAAGAUGUGUUCGUACACGUGGACAUGACAGGACCCCAAGACGAUAGUGGAGGCCGUGAAAAUGGGGGCCCUUUUCAUGCCAGUUCUCCUGUGGGACCUGGCUCUGAUCAGCAGCAUGUAAACGGCAUGUGUCGAAGCCAGGGCAGCCUGGAUGGUCCAACUGGAGAAGAUGGGGCAGCCCCCUCUUUUGAAAAGUUGAAUCCUUACCCAGCACCUCCACCACCAAACCCACUAUACCCUGGUCGCAAAGUGAUUGAGUUCUCUUCUGAUGACAAAGUCAAGAUUCCCAAAAACAGCCCACUGCCCAAUUGCACCUACGCUACUCGUCAGGCCAUUUCUCUCAGUCUUGUACAGAAUGAAGAAGAGGCAGCCGAGCGGCAGCGCACCGUGCCUAGUAGCCCUGCUGUAUCUGAUGGGGGUUGGCGCUCUGGGACCUCCUCAUCUUCUGGUGGAGGGCAUGCUUCUCACCAGCGCACACCUCCACAGUUGGAUGCUACUGACACCCUCUCCAGUCAUUCAAGUCCCUUUAGCAGUCCCCCUCAGCCCCCCAGCGCCUUUGCAAGCUCUGGUAGCUCUGAGGAGGACCUACUGGCCAACUGGCAGCGCAUGUUUGUAGAAAAAAUGGCACCAUCCACAGAAGGCUGCCUUGUCAAGUGCACGUCCUUCAGCAGUGAGACGGUAAAAGAUCUCCAAAGAAGUCACAAUGGAAAAUCAGGAGUAGGGGCUCUCAGAGGUGCUUACUCUGAUGGCGAGGAGGGAUCCUCGGCCCAGAGCUGGACAGCAAGUAGAGAGUCCAGUUUAGAUACUGACACCAGCAGCAUGGCAGACCUCCGGGCAAAAAAGACACAAUAUGGUGGUGACUUUUCCCAGGAAGAGGGUGAACAGCUAUUGAUGGCCCUUGAUCCACUUGACAAUGAUGGUGCUAGUGGUGAUACCAUGGUCACCAUUGAGAGCAGUCCAGCCUCUGCUAAGCCUCAAGAGUUUGCUGAAGAUGCUGGCUCAGCAGGAAGUUCAGCUGAGGAGCGAGAUAUCCUACCCCAGGACUUUCCUGCCAUUGGCUCAAGGGUCCUAGCAUCCCUUGAGGAUAAUGCAGACAAGCCCCCUCGGACUGGCUCCUCACGACCUCUGAAGAGCCCCAAGAGAAUGGGGGUUCAUCACUUGCACCGCAAAGACAGCCUUACCAGAGCUCAAGAGCAUGGAAACCUGCUGGACUGAGACUUCCAGGCUUAUUCUUCUCUUCAUUUUUGUUUGUUUGACCUUGAGUGCUCUUCGUCUUACUAGCAAUCACUAGGCAUAGUAACACACAACAAGUGGAAGGGAUCGGAUCAGCAUGUUAUCCCUGAUCAUGCUGCUGUCGCUGAGGCAUCAUUGUAACUCUUCUGUCCUCUCUCUGAGGCACGGAGCUCUUGUAUCUGUGGAACCUUUGGUAUUGAUGGAAACUGUGGCGAAGUACCAGCUGCAACUUCAGUCAGUCUGGCUUUGAGAGGACGGUGCUCAGGGAUCGUACAAGAAUGUCAUAGUCUGAAUUAAGGUGAUUUUCACCAAUACAAGACUUGAUUUUGUUUGAUGUGACGUGAUUGAGUGGGCAACAGCAGGACAUAACCAUACAAUCACACUUCUGAAAGAGAAAGAGUUCUUCAGAGGCAACAAGAUUGAGCAGCAUUAGGAUUGAUCCCUGUGGCACUGUGCGCACAUGGAACAUCUCACAUAAUGGGUGUUUUGACAUUUGCUUUUGCCCUCAGGUGAGAGUUUUCUACCCCAGAUAAUGACAUCUUUCCAGUAUCCCAGUACAAGUCCUUUGUUGAGAUUGGGAUGGCACCAAAUGGCCACAGCUUCACAGAUGUCAGGCAUUCCGCUGGUUGAAGAAGAUUAAAUGUAAUCUAUAAUAGACUCUCUUGUCAAUUUUCAGUGCCUAACCCUUGCUCUGACAGAGGGGGAUCUCCAUCACCCUUUAAAAGAACAUCUUGUUCUUUGAGCCUGCUUUUAGUCAUCAUAAACUGAGAGGAUCCUUAACCUCAAUUUUCAGUUACCUCUCUUUAUUGAUCUACCACUGUAUUUCAACACUCAACCUAAAGACAGCUUUUAUACUUAAUUUGAAUUAUGAAAGAAUUUUGAUUUUGAUGUAUUCAGUUUUAAUGAUCAAGAACUUGGAUAUACUUCCUGAUUUUCAUUCUCACCUGUUUUGUUUGACUAAUGGUAUUUAAAACUUUUAAGUAAAUAUCUAGAGUUUUUUGUGUAUUUAUUUCUCUUUUGCUGGUCUAAAGUGUCCCAUUACUUCCCUCAAAACAGUUAAGCACUUGCAGAAGUGUGUAAGAAGUGCUCAGGUUACUGAAUCCUGUCAUGAAAUGGUAUACAUGGUAUUUGAUCCCUUACAUUUUUACAAAUUAGUUGUUACACAGUACUACAACAGAAAUGCAACCAGUGCUGUAUUUGGCAUUUUAAAUAUUUAAUCUAGAAAAAAAAUUUUUCUCUUUUUUUCAAAGGUCAGUAUUUAGGAGUAAAAAUACUCAAGUAAGGCUAAAACCAAGCGGCAACCUCCCGCUCUCUCUCAUAAAGCCCAUACGGAAGUGACUCAAACUGCAAUUCAUCGACUGGCCUCUAGAGGCUGGCUGCAAAAGGGAGUCAAUCCCAUAGACUCCCCAUGUUAAAAUGCCCAAAUUUACAGCAGAAAAAAAUAUUUUUACAGCCUGGUUCAAAAAAUUAUUUUGGUCUAUAUAGUCAGGCUGCUGUCACCAUCGUCGAUCACCGGUGGGCGUGGUUUCAGCAGCCAGCUCCCGCGUUUUUGCCCAUUUUCGUUUAUACGGGAGUGACACGUGUUGACGCGCUGCCAAGAUGGCGACGGCCGGCUCCGCCUACAUUUGGCUUCAAAAAUGCUCUUCAGAAAUCUAUGGGUGACGUCACGGACAUUACAUCCAUGUUUUUAUACAGUCUAUGGCUAAAAUAUUUGAAUGUGUCAUUGGUAUUUCAUGUCCUCCAAUUUAGAGCUGUGUUAAUGUGUCCCCUCGCUGCUGACGGCACAAAUUGCCAUUCGGAGGGCAUUAUAAUAUUUCAAAAACUAUGCAUAUAGUACUGUGUAAAAACUCCACAAAAACUUAGAGAAGUAUUCUGUCUGUUAUGAUUACAUUACUGACUUCUAAAAAAAGAAAAAAAGGUUAAACUUCAGCCAGAAACAUGCCUUUGUUGGAGAGUGGCACUGAUAAGAACACAUUAUUUCGAUUAUUUCUGUUUGAUUAAAAAACAAAACAAAAAAAAAACAUGUUUUGAUCUUAACGAAUGUAAUCAUCUUUAUACAGCAUCUAUUUUCAUCGAUUCCUUAUUAUUCUUUAGCUGAUCGUACUGUUGUAUGUAUUUUAAGGGGAAUGUGCAUCCCGCCAUCAUUUGCUUUGUUUUUCUGUGUGUAUUUUUGUGUGGAAAUCUGAUUUCUCAUGAUUAUGGAUUAUCAGUCUGUCCAGAAGAUACUGUCUACAAGUUUUUUUUUCUUCUUCAGUCAUUUCAUUUCAAGUCUUGUUCAAAUAGCAUUUUAAAAUGUAUCAGCUUUUCUCAGACGAUGAGUUUCAAAUGCAACAACUACAAGCAUCCUCAUUCUUUUGUUUUGAUGAAUAUAUUUUAGAGACGAUUAAACUCUGUGUUGCCUUUUUAA